UAGACUCAAGGAGAGGAAGGCAUUGCACCAUGGCUCUGUUGAACACCGUGCAUUAACAGGCUAGCGUGGAGAUUUUACCGGCAAUCCGUCACCAUCCGCGCCUUAAACAUGGACCUCCAGUCGAGAGGCUUAUUCCGGAUGCAAAUAAGUUGUCAGUAGUAAUUUCAGAUAACUGUAUUUGUCCAUUUUUUUUACCGUGACACUUUUUUGCCUUUGCACGCUACAAGGGAUUUAAACAUUAAGUGUCAGUAAGCUAGCAGGCUAACAGCCCUCAUCCCUUGAGCACCACUUUCCCUUUGGACCCAAGACGUGCUUUGACAGUGAUUUCAAGAUAAAAUAACAAAAAAAUAACCUCAAAUUACAUAUAAACCUGAGGUCAAACUCCAUAAUUGAUUGUUCUAUUCAACACAUCUUACAAACUCCAGGCUGACCUUGGAGAAGAUAAAAGCCUGGGCUUCCUUCCCAAGUUCAAUUGAACCCUAACAUUUCAGAGUUUGGCAGGCAGGUUCGAGGCCCCCUCAUGCAGAACCACGUGAAAUGAAUAAACCGCCACAGCCUAUAACAGGACCCCCCUCUGUCCCCCACCCCACCCCUUCCCCUGGACUGACACAGGCUGCCUUCCCCCCUGGCCAGCCCCCAUCUGUUGUCUUUGCUUCACCACCUCCACAAAUGAACACUGCACCGCAACCCCGACAGUUUGCUCCAGGGCCAGGGCCACGCGCUUUACACCAACAGGGUGGAUUCAGGUCCUUGCAGCCGUACUACCAGAGCCGGCCCAAUCUGCCCAGCAGUGCCCCCCGGGUCCAGCCCAGCAACACCCCUCGGCCUGUGGCGCCCACCCAUGUGUACCAGCCUGGCUCCCAGGUCAUGAUGAUCCCCCAGCAGCAGCUGCAGUUCUCCAACUCUCAGGGCCAGGCCUACUUUCUUUCCUCUGGACAGUACCGUGCUCCGUACUUGCCUCAGGCUCAGCAGUACCCGGUGCCCAGUGGAACUGCUGGGUUCUACUCUGGGACCACUCCAGAAUACGGUCCAUAUGAGCCCUCUCUUGCUGCGAGGGAGAGGCGGGGAGGUGGGGGGAGGGGGGCUGGCCGGGAGAACGGCCGCCUGACGCUGCACGGCGCUCCCCUCACCUCCCAGCGCUAUCCUGCCGGAACCUACUACCCUGCCCAGCCCCAGUACCCCUCCCCGGUGCAGCCCGCGCCUGUCAUGAUGAGCCCCGCCCAGCAGCCACAGGCCCCUCCUCCUCAACCAGCACCUCCACCACAGCCGGGUCCGCCCAAAAGGGAGCGUAAACAGAUCCGAAUACGGGAUCCUAACCAGGGAGGCCGGGAUAUCACAGAGGAGAUCAUGUCUGGAGGAAGGACUACCUCUACUCCUACUCCUCCCCAGUCUGGGCCUGAGAUGACGGGCUCUGCACAAACCAACGGAGAAAGCCUGAUCGCUAGUGCUGCUACUGUUGUGACAAGAGCGGACGAGCAGGACAAGCCAGCUGCCCCCACCCCUCCUCCCCCUGCCAAAACCCCGGAGCCGGCUGUGACCACCGCCACGCCUGCUCCCAAGGUCAAACCUGAUGUAGAGGUCAAAGCGGCCCUGCAAGCCGCCGAGUUCCCCAUCCCGCCUGGCGAAGAUGCCUCUGCUAACCCGCCCCCACCCGCCCCUACCUCUCCCCCGCCUGUGGAAGUGCCUGCCCCGACCCCUGCCUCUGAGGAGGCCAAAGGCAGUACUGUGGAUGGACCUGCGCCUCCGUCUUCAGGAGCAGCCCCGGCCCCCCAGAAUCAAACCCAGGCCCCUCAGAACCAAGCCCAGGCCCCCACUGCCACAGCCGAGCCUUCUCCUCCAGACACGCAGGACGAUAAGCCAGAGGUGGACGAGGAGGAGGAGCAGGAAGUAGAGGAGGAGAAGCAGGAAGAGGUGCCCCCUGCGUCGGCCCCAGAGACCCCUGAGUUGACCCCAGAGACCCCCGAGUUGACCCCAGAGACCACCGCGUCGGCCACAGAGACCCCUGAGUUGACCCCAGAGACCACCGCGUCGGCCACAGAGACCCCCGCCUCACUCACUGCCACUCCCAGUGAAGAGCCUGCUCCUGCAGCAGCCACCACGGCGGCAGCAGCAGCCAAUGGCAGCGAGGAGCCUGCCAAGAAACAGGAAGUCCCAGCCACCCCAGCAGCGGUGGAUACGCCUGCCUCUGAACCUGAAGAGGUGUCUCAGGUCGUUGCUCAGCCUGAGGAGCUCCAGCUGCCCAACGGUUUGCCCCAAGACCCUGAGGAGCUGCCCAAGGAGAAGGCUGCCGAGCCGGAGCCCGUCGCCGAGCCCAAGGUCGAACCCAAGGUGGUUGCCCAGGAGCAGGAGGCAGUGGCUGCCAUGGAGGCAGUGGCAGUGGAAGCUGAGGUGAAGCCAGAGGAAGCCCCCUCGGCUAAAGCUAGCUGCCCAGUAGAGGAGACUACUAUGCAAGCUCCCCUGUCUGUGCCAAAGAAGAAGAAGAAGCUGAAGGACCUGGACAAAAAAGAUGGCGGAGACAUGUUGGAUGCCUUUAAAGAGCCUGAGGUGGAGCCUGAGCCAGUGGUCACUCAGCCGGAGCCUGUUAAGCCACGCCCCGCCACGCCCCCUGCCACUCCUGCAGAGGACCCUGAGCAGACGUGGGAGGAGAAGGAGGACAAGCUGGACGCUGAGAACAUAGAACCCAAGACUGUUGAGCAGAAGUACCAGUACAAAGAAGACAAGUGGAAGCCCAUUAACCCUGAGGAGAAGAAGCGCUAUGACCGGGAGUUUCUGCUGGGCUUCCAGUUCAGCAAUGCCAGCAUGAACAAGCCAGAGGGGCUGCCACAAAUCAGCGAUGUGGUGCUGGACAAGGCCAACAACACACCAUUGCGCCCCAUUGACCCGAGUCGAAUGAUGAACCAAGGUGGUCCAGACUUCACCCCCUCCUUCGCCAACCUAGGCAGACCGUCCUCUAGUGGCCGCGGCCCCCCGCCUGGGCCACGGCGCUCGCAGCAGGGCCAGCGCAAGGAGCCGCGCAAGAUCAUCUUGGCCAGCGUGUCGCUGAACGACAACGUGCAGCUCAACAAGGCAGAGAAGGCCUGGAAGCCGACUGUGAAGAAGGCUGUGCGUGGCGGCGGCAGUGGCGGCAGCGAGAAGGAAGAGGAUGACUCGGAGGCGGGCAAGACUGCAGAGCUGUUCCGUCGCGUGCGCAGCGUGCUCAACAAGCUGACGCCACAGAUGUUCCAGCAGCUGAUGAAGCAGGUGACCGAGCUCACCAUCGACACGGAGGAGCGCCUCAAGGGCGUCAUCGACCUCAUCUUCGAGAAAGCCAUCUCCGAGCCCAACUUCAGCGUGGCCUACGCCAACAUGUGUCGCUGCCUUAUGGGGCUUAAAGUCCCCACAUCAGAUAAGCCGGGAGUCACUGUGAAUUUCCGCAAGCUGCUGCUCAACCGCUGUCAGAAGGAAUUUGAGAAAGACAAGGACGAUGACGAGAUCUUUGAGCAGAAACAGAAGGAGAUGGAUGCUGCCCCAGAGGGGGUGGAGCGCCAGCGUCUGAAUGAUGAGCUGUUGUUGGCCAAGGACCAGGCCCGCCGGCGGUCACUGGGCAACAUCAAGUUCAUCGGCGAGCUCUUUAAGCUGAAGAUGCUGACCGAGCCCAUCAUGCAUGACUGCAUCGUCAAGCUGCUCAAGAACCACGACGAGGAGAGUCUGGAGUGCCUGUGCCGCCUGUUCUCCACCAUCGGCAAGGACCUGGACUUCGAGAAGGCCAAGCCCAGAAUGGACCAGUACUUCAACCAGAUGGAGAAGAUCAUUAAGGACAAGAAGACCUCAUCCCGAAUUCGCUUUAUGCUCCAGGACGUUCUGGACCUGAGAAGGAGCGGUUGGGUGCCCAGGAGAGGGGAACAGGGCCCCAAGACCAUCGACCAGAUCCACAAGGACGCGGAGGCGGAGGAGCAUCGGGAGCAGAUCAAGGUUCAGCAGCUCAUGUCUGGGAAGGUCAUGGGGGGCCGUAGUGGUAGUAGUGGUGGCGGCGGCGGCGGUGGUGGUGGCGGCGGCGGCCGCGGGGGGGGCCACCCCUCCGGGGGCGGUCGCAACAGCCAGCCUCAGGACGAGGGCUGGAACACCGUGCCCAUCUCCAAGAACCGGCCUAUCGACACAAGCCGCCUCAGCAAGAUCACCAAGCCUGGUGCUUUGGACUUCAACAACCAGCUGCUCGCUCCUGGAGGGAAGGGCACCUGGGGCAGCUGGGGGAAGGGCAGCAGUGGGGGCACGACUGGGGCCAAACCCAGUCCAGAACAGGAACCUGGUCGGCCUGCCACCAGCACAGUCAACCGAUUCUCAGCGCUUCAGCAGUCUGGGCCUGCCGCCGCCUCCUCCUCAGCCUCCUCUCUGGAUGUCGACAGACGAGUUCCACAAAGAAACAGCUCCAGCAGGGAGCGUAGUGAGCCCAAUCGCGACCGGGAUAGGGAGCGAUUCGACCGGUUUGAGCGCCGCGAAGGCCGCGAGGAUAGGUCCCAAGACCGCCAGCGGGCAGUCAUCUCCAAGCGUAGUUUUAGCCGGGAGAACGAGGAGCGGAGCCGGGGAGGCGACCACCGUGGUCCCGCAGAUGCUGUGCGCCGCGUAGCCAGCAUGACAGACGACCGGGACCGGGGAAGCCGCGACCGGGGAAGCAGGGACCGGGGCAGCAGAGACCGGGGCAGCAUGGAUCGAGGCAGCAGAGACCGAGGCAGCCACAACAGGGACAGGAGCAAAGACAGUGUGAAGAGGGAGGCUGCUCCCACACCCCCUCCCAGCAAACCAGCCAUGAGUGAGGACGAGUUGGACAAGAAGUCCAAGGCCAUCAUUGAGGAAUACCUGCACAUCAACGAUGUGAAGGAGGCAGUGCAGUGUGUGCAGGAGCUGAACAGCGCAUCGCUGCUCUUCGUGUUCGUGCGGAACAGCGUGGAGUCCACUCUGGAGCGCAGCACCAUUGCCAGGGAGCGCAUGGGCCUGCUGCUACAGCAUCUCAUCAGUGCUGGGACGAUCACCCCGGACCAGUACUACAAAGGGAUGCAGGAGAUUCUGGAGAUGGCUGACGACAUGGCCAUAGACAUUCCCCACAUCUGGCUGUACCUGGGUGAGCUCAUUACCCCCAUGCUGCAAGAGGGAGGUAUCCCCAUGGGCCAGCUCUUCAGGGAGGUGUCCAAGCCUUUGCUGCCAAUGGGGAAAGCUGCCGUCUUCCUGGUCCAGAUCCUCAACUUGCUCUGCAAAGGAUUAAGCCAUAAAAAAGCUGGAGGCCUUUGGAAGGAGGCGGGUCUAAAUUGGAAGGAUUUCUUACCUGAGGAUGAGGACGUGAACAAGUUUGUGACUGAACAGAAGGUGGAGUUCACCCUGGGAGAGGAGUCUGAGAAGCCAAGCAAGAAGGAGCUGUCAGGGGAGGAGAUCGGCAAACAGCUGGAUAGACUCAUCAAGGAAAAGGCCAACAACCAGAGGAUCUACGACUGGGUGGAGGCCAACCUGGACGAACAGCAGGUUAGCGCUAAUCAGUUUGUGCGAGCUCUGAUGACCUCUGUCUGUCAAGCAGCCGUUAUCUUCGAGAAUCCCUACAAGGUGGAUGUGGAACAGAUUACCCAGAGGGCCAAGCUGCUGCAGAGGUACCUGUCUGAUGAGAAGAAGGAGCUGCAGGCCCUCUAUGCCCUCCAGGCCCUAAUGGUGCACAUGGAACAGCCAGCCAAUUUGCUUCGCAUGUUUUUCGACACACUGUAUGACGAAGACGUGAUUAAAGAGGAGGCCUUCUACAAGUGGGAGUCCAGCAAGGACCCGGCUGAGCAGCAGGGGAAGGGCGUGGCCCUCAAGUCCGUCACUGCUUUCUUCACCUGGCUGCGGGAGGCAGAGGACGAGUCGGAUAACAGCUAGGCCUCACAGGCCUCUGCUGCUGCACAGGAGGAGCAGUGCAAGCAAGACUGCUUAUGGGAGAGAGGAGGAUUUUGUCACUAAACGAACAUGAUGCUUGUCGAGCUGCCAUUCCCUGUCGUUUAAAGGAUGCUCUCGAACAUGGCAACAAACUACAAUCAUUUCUCAUUUCCUCUCUUUCUCUGUCUCCUGUCCUUUGUGGGAAAUAUCCACCAAAUGAAAAUAAAAAAGUGGAAAAAAUAAAACGAAAAAAA